AUGGUAUCCACCAGAUCUUCCAACGUCAGGGCUCCCGCUGUUGAAUUGGCCGAAAACGGAAAAUCACUUAAAAGAGUGGUCAAGAUUAAAAAAGGUGGUAUUAGGGGUCGUCCAAAUAAACCAAAACCAGUAAAAUCGGCAGCCAAAAAAUUAAAGGCAGACAUUGAAAAAUCAAUCCCUAAACCUGCCACCAUUGAAACUGUCACUAUAACUAAAGAAAAGAAUGUUGUUCCUGCUAAAGAGAAGAGUAUAGCUCCUACGCCUGUGAACACCACUUUUAAGAUUGUUAAACCAGAAACAAGAGGGAGAAAGAGAAAAAUUACCGUUCCUGAAGUACCUAAGUCUGCUCCAUCCCCUCCUAAAUCGGAAAUUACUAGUACCGAAACUAAGUCAAAACAUCACCAAGAAAAAGAAUCACAAUCACAACCAUCACCACCACCACCGCAACCACAACCCAAAUCAAAGCCAAUUGAAGAAACCAAGCCAGAACCAGCACAACCGAAAUAUUUAGAUAUAUUACCUCUCAAUAGAAAAGAUCCAAGAGGUAGAAAAAGAAAACAGGUUAUUCAAAUUGAUCAUGAAUCAAGUUCAAAAUCAACUAACACCACAAUCACUACACCUCCACUCUCUCCUAUAUCAACCACUAUAACUAUACCAGAUGAAUCACCAAUUUCAACUCCUGCACCAUCAUCGUCUGCAACUUCUUCCACUACCUUACCAUCUAAAAUAAAAUCAACAUCUACAGCUCCCCGUACUACAGCUCCUCGUUCUAAGCCAAGAGCUAGACAUUCAACUGUUACAUCUAUUAUUUCACAAAGAAUAGAUGAAAAUGACUUUCCUACCAUAGGAGAGUCUGGUGACUCGAUUCCAAGAGUAAGGAAAAAGUAUAAUAUUGAUCGUGAUAAUAUUAAGAUUAAUAAAAGAAUUAUGAGUAAAGAUACACAUCAAGUUAUAAAAAUGUUUAAGAAAUUUGAUAAUGAAGUAUUAACUAAUCCUGAAGCUAAGCAAUUAUUAUUAUCAUUAGGAUUUGAAACUAGAAAAAGAUAUAUUACAACUUUUAAACAUUAUAUGAGAUUUUGUUGUUCAAAAAAUUUAGAGAAUUUUUUUGUUACAGGUGAAUUAAUGAAACAAUUUUAUGAAGAACAAUUCUCAAAAAGUUCAAGUAAUAAUCCAAUUAUCAGAUUAAGAAAAAUGGACCCUGCUUUUAGUAAAUUACAAGAAAUUAAUUAUUUGGUUUAUAAAUUACCUUUUAAAGAAAUUCCAAAUCGUCAAGUUGCUUUUAACUAUUUAUUAGUUACUGAAUCUGGUUUCACCAAUGGUGAUGAAACUAAAGUUGAAAGUGUGUCUGAAACCCCUGAAGCCAACUUGGAAAGUAUUCAAAGUAAGGCCCCAGAGAGUCAAAUCCACAUAAAUGUUGAUUCAAAUUCUGCCAGUUCAAGUAUUCAUCCAUCUCCAGAAAUGAAACCUCCUAAGUUAAGUAGUGCUAACGACAAAAAUGGUCCAAGGGUUAUUGCGUAUCCUCAUAGAGUUCUUGAAGAAGAAGGAUUUACUCCAGGACAUCAACAGCAGCAACUACAACAGCCACAUCAUCAUCAUAUGCAACAUAUUCCUCCGAUUGCUCCACAACCACCAAGUCAGAUUCAAACUACAGUACUUCCACCAGUUACCAUCCCUCCUACUAUCCAACAGCAACAAGUUUCAAUACCUGUUCCUGUUCCUGUUCCUGUUCCGGUAACACCUAUGAUGUCGGUGCAACAACAUUCUCCUCUCCCACCUCAUCAUCAACCGCAACCAAUACAAACAUCAUCUCAACAUCAGCAGCAAAAGUCGUCUAAAUCUUCAAGAAGUAAAAGUGAAAGACGUAGAACACCAUUUAGAAAAGAAACCAUUCAUCGUGUUAAGAAUCAAUUUACCGAUACGCGUGCAGAAAUUCUUAAGCACAUUGCUGAUGCAGCUCAAAAUAUAAAUCAAAUUCCUCAAUUAAAUAUGCAAGAUAUUGCUAACAAUUAUGGAUUCUUAUAUCAACAAGUAAAUAGAAGCUUAGAGCAUUAUCAUGGUUUCCUUGAACAAUGCUUUAAGUUACCUAGUAAGAGUGGUUUUAUGCCAGUUGAAGUGUACGUUCCACCACACCAACAACAGAUAGUUCAACAAGCACCACUAGUACAACAACAAUCACCACCACCCCAACAACAAGCACCUGCACAAGGACAAGCGUAUCAGCAACCAGUCCGUUCUCCAAUUUUAGAUAUGAAUCAUGAUAUUUUUACUGUUUAUGAAAUUGUUGAAGAAUGGUAUGUUGUUGCUCCAUCUAUUGAAUAUAGAUUAAGAAACUGGGGAGAAUAUUGGAUCAAAGAUGAAAUUGAUCAUGAAGCAUUCUUAGAUCGUAGGUCAAUUGUUAAAUUUGUGGAUAGAUUAGCUACUGAAGCUAAAGAAGAUAGAUUUAGAAUGGCUAAUCUUUGUGAUAGAUAUAUCCAUGAUAAGCUGAUCUUAGAAGAAUUCAUUACUGAAAUCGAAUUAGAUGAAGAUGAUUUAUUUAAGCGAGUUUUACGUUACAGAAAGCGUAAUACUUAA